AGGCUCGCGCAGCGGACCGCUACCGCCGCUCACUCAUGUGGAGACACUCCGCACUUCAGCUCCGCGGAAAACAGAGUGAAGACAAAAGGAGAGCCGGAAAGGAGCUCAUCAUGUUUAAGGCAGCACAGAAGAACGGUCAAGAGAGAGGAGGGAGAGGAAGGAAAAAGGAUGCAGGCGCUGAAUCCCUCAGCCCCAGCUACCAUCAUAAAUCUCUAGAGGGAGGCCUCACAGUUCCAGGCCACAUGGGCAGCGGCCCCCUCCCAGUGCAGCCGUACCCCACAGAUGAGGUGCUGAGGUUGAGUUUAUCCAGAGGAAUCUCCCUCUCGCUCCCCUCCUCUCCAAUGAUGCCUCCCCGACAGCCCUACAUGCUGCCACUCAGACCCACCGCCAAGUCCCCAAGUUCUGUGAGGAAGCCGAAGUAUGUAGAAAGUCCUCGCGUUCCGGCGGCUGCAGUCAGCUGGACGCUGCGGAGCGGGGAGCACUCCGAUCCUCUCUCGCCAGCAAAGUCUGGCUCCUCCCCUGCUGCUCAGGAACUGAUGACACGGCUGGGCUUCCUACUGGGAGACGCCAUCCCCACCUCAUCACACACAGCCAUGGAGGAAAGAAACCAGUGUACAGUCAGUAGUCAGGGGGCGAGUCCGUGCUCCACUCUGACCAGCAGUACAGCGUCUCCCAGCGCUGAAAGCCCAUGCUCCAGCCUGCCCCUGAGCUCCGGCUCCACAGAGAGACCCCCUCUGUGCCGCUCUGGACCCUGCACCACCACCACGAGCACCACCACCACCACCACCACUCCCAGCUCUACACUGGAGAGCAAAGACAGCGGCAUCAUCGCUACAGUCACCAGUUCUAGUGAGAACGAGGAGCGCUGUGGUUCUAGUCUGGAAUGGGGUAAAGAUGGCGGUGGUGGUGCGGCUCUGAGGGACAGUGGUCACCAUGCUCCUCCGCCGUCCGCUCCCGUCCCUGCAGUAGAUCCUGCGGCGGCCAGCGACAUCCAGCCCAAGACUGUGCCUGCUGAAGGACCACCGCCGGCCUCCUCCCCUUCAGACGGACCCGCCCCCUACCACAGCACCUCACUGGUCAUGCCACGACCCAACUCAGUGGCAGCUACGAGCAGCACUAAGUUGGAGGAGCUGAAGUAUCUGGAUGAACAGAGGAAUGCUCCGAUGCGCUCGUCUGUGCGAGGGCCCUGGCACGGUGCGCAUACCAGCGGCCGCAACCAGGAGGCUAAAGCUCGAUUCACCCCAUACAAGCCAGUAGACAUCAUGCUUAAACCCCUCUUGUUCGAGGUGCCCAGCGUCACCAUGGACGCUGUGUUUAUGGGCCGUGAUUGGCUGUUCCAGCGUCUGGAGGAGGUGCUGAUGGGCAGCGGUGAGGUGGCACCGGGGCGGGGUGCCGUCGUUGUGGGCAGUGUAGGCUUUGGAAAGACGGCAGUGAUCUCCAGGCUGGUGGCUCUGAGCUGUCACGGAGGCCGGAUGAGACAGAUCGCUUCCAACAGCCCUGGAGCGUCCCCCAAGAGUGGUAGUAGAGGAGGUGAGCCGUCUAGCCAGGGCAACCAGCUGAACCCACCUGCUCAGAGUCCCAUGCGCAGCAGCAGCUGUCCACCCACUCCAGACACACACCGACACAGAGAGGAGGCCGUCAAACGUCUGGCCAGCAAGGUGGUAGCGUAUCACUACUGCCAGGCUGAUAACACCUACACGUGUCUGGUGCCGGAGUUUGUGCACAGUGUGUCUGCGCUGCUGUGUCGUGCUCCCAGGCUCGGGGCUUACAGGGAGCUGCUGCUGAGGGAGAAUCAGCUGCAGAGUCUGCUGAGCCUGCGCUCCUGCGUACAGGACCCCGCCGCAGCCUUCCGGCGCGGAGUGCUGGAGCCCCUCAUCCUCCUCCGCAAGGAGAGGAAGAUUGCAGAGGACGACUAUAUAAUCCUAGUGGAUGGUCUGAAUGAAGCUGAGUUCCACAAGCCGGACUACGGAGACACCAUCGCAUCCUUCAUCACCAAGAUUAUCUCCAAAAUCCCCACUUGGCUCAAACUGGUUGUCACCGUCAGAGUUAACCUGGUGGAAGUGACCAGCCUGCUGCCCUUCCCCAUCAUCUCCCUAGACGACAUUCAUGAUAACAAGGCCAUCGUGGGCGACCUUCACUCAUACCUGCAGCACCGCAUGGAGCACAGCACCGCCAUCCUCAGCAACAUCGCCAUCAAUGGCAAGGCAGAGCCUGCGGCCGUCUCCAAGCUCAGCUCGCACCUUGUGGCCCGCAGCCAGGGCUCUUACCUGUACCUGAAACUGACUCUGGACCUGCUGGAGAAGGGCCACCUAGUGAUCAAAAGCUCCAGCUAUAAGGUCAUACCUGUGUCUCUGUGUGAGCUCUACCAGCUGCAAUGCAACAUGAAGUUUCCCUCAGCUGCAGCGUUUGAGCGUGUUCUGCCUGUGCUGAACGUGGCGCUGGCGUCGCUGCACCCACUCACUGACGAGCAGCUGUUCCGGGCACUUAAUGCCGGCAGCUUGAGGGGGGCACUCGAGUGGAGUGACUUCCAGCAGCGCAUGGAGGCGCUAUCCUGCUUUCUGAUCGCCCGGCGCGAUCGGACCCGCAUGUUCUGCCACCCCUCUUUCAGGGAGUGGCUGGUAUGGAGGGCCGAUGGAGAGAGCACUGAUUUCCUGUGCGAUCCCAGGAGUGGACAUGCAUUGAUGGCCUUCAUGCUCUCUCGACAAGACGGAAAGCUGAACAGGCAGCAGACGAUGGAGCUGGGUCACCACAUCCUCAAAGCACACAUAUUUAAGGGACAGAGUAAAAGGACGGGUGUGUCCUCUAGUGUUCUUCAGGCCCUCUGGAUCAGUAACAGUACAGACAGCCUUUCUGCUGCCCUGUCCUCCCUCAGAAACCUCUAUACACCUAAUGUCAAGGUGUCUCGGCUACUGAUCCUGGGUGGGGCGAGCGUAUGUUACCGCACAGAGGUGCUCAACAGCGCCCCCGUGCUGUGUGUACAGUCUCACUUGGGGCACCUGGAGAUGGUGGCCCUGCUGCUGGAGUUUGGGGCACCCUUGGAAGGGGUAUCUGAGAACGGUAUGACGUCGCUGUGUUACGCCGCAGCAGCUGGACACUUAGGGGUGGUCACCUUGCUCUGCAGGAAAGGGGCAAAGGUGGAUCAUGUUGAUAAGAGUGGUCAGUGUGCAGUGGUGCAUGCUGCUCUGAGAGGUCAUGGAGAGAUACUACAGUAUCUGCUGGAGCAGAACUGGAGCUCCGACAGCAGCCUCAAGAACAAAGUACUGCAGCAGGCGCUCAUCGCCGGCUCCAGUAUGGGACAUCUACAGGUUGUGAAGGACUUGCUGGCUCUGAAUAAGGACGAGCUCGUCGUGCAGAUCGAUGGCCAUGACACUCUGUGGGGAGAGACUGCUCUGACUGCUGCUGCUGGGCGGGGCAAGCAGGAGGCAUGUGUGUUCCUGCUGGAGCAGGGAGCCGUGGUUACACAGCCGAACCGAAGGGGUGUGGCCCCCAUUUUCAGCGCUGUGAGACAUGGGCACACACAGGUAACAGAGCUUCUGCUGCAGCAUGGUGCUGAGGUGAACACCUGUGACAAACAUGGGCGCUCUCUGUUGAUGGUGGCGGCCAGCGAGGGCCACCUGACCACUGUAGACUUCCUCCUCUCCCAUGGAGCGAGCGUAACAGCCGUGGAUAAGGAGGGCUUGACUCCGCUGAGCUGGGCAUGUCUGAAGGGCCAGAAGAGUGUGGUGGAGUUCCUGGUAGACAGAGGAGCACAGAUUGAUCACACAGAUAAGAACGGGCGCACCCCUCUGGAUCUGGCUGCUUUCUAUGGAGAUGCUGACAUAGUGCAUUAUUUGGUGGAGCGUGGCGCCGUGAUCGAGCACAUGGACUACAGCGGCAUGCGGCCGCUGGACCGCGCCAUCGGCAGCCGCAACACCUCUGUGGUGGUCACCCUGCUGAAGAAAGGGGCCAAGCUGGGCUACAGAACAUCCCCCUAUGAUCGAUCAGGUAACGCUGCCUGGGCCAUGGCCACAUCCAAACCAGACAUUCUCAUCAUACUGCUGCAGAAGCUGAUGGAAGAGGGCAACCUGUUGUAUAAGAAAGGGAAGAUGAAGGAGGCAGCUCAGAGGUACCAGUAUGCACUGAGGAAGUUUCCAAGGGAAGGCUUUGGGGAGAACCUGAAGGCUUUUCGGGACCUGCGGGUGUCCCUUUAUCUCAACCUGUCCCGCUGUCGCCGCAAAACCAACGACUUUGGCAUGGCGGAGGAGUUUGCUACUAAAGCUCUGGAACUGAAGCCAAAGUCAUAUGAAGCAUUUUACGCUCGCGCUCGUGCUAAAAGAAGCAGCAGGCAGUUCGCAGCAGCUCUCUCUGAUCUCUAUGAGGCGGCACGUCUGUGUCCCAGUAACAGAGAGAUCAGACGCCUGCUGGCGCGAGUGGAGGAGGAGUGCCAGCAACGUCCCGGCACUAAACAUGCCCCAACACACACCUAUCCCUUACAGCACGAGGACGACGAGGAUGACGAAGACGAGGAUGACGAUGAAGAAGAAGAAGAAGAAGAAGAGGAGGAGGAGGAGGAGGAAAGCAUUCGAGUGCCUGAAAAAGGCUCUGACAGCCGGGGCCUAAAGCAAGCGCAGCGAGAGGAGGAAGAAGAGGAGAGGAACACUGAAGAGCCUUCCCGUCAGGAGAAGAGGAAGGAGAACUGGCAGCAGAGCAGAACUCUGCCAGACUCUUUGGGCCUGGCUGUGCCAGACACCCAAUCCACAUCCCCCUCACCCUCAGGACGGGCGGCGAACAGGCGCCUCCCCUCCCGGCAGGCACAGAGCAUGAAGAGCCGAGAGCACUGUGGCUCCCUACAGCCAGAUAUGCGCGCAGCCCAAAGUGCCGGCUCAAGCCCACGGCCCAGCCGCCAUAGGCCUGCCUCGCUCCGUGCCGGGCCGUGCAUCGACAUCAGUCCUCUGGGCGUAGAGCAUGCCAUGGACAGGGCAGCCCUCGGAGGCACCAGGGAGCUGCUAAGGGACGUUCAAGGGGGCGGUGGUCACAUGGGGCAUGUGGAGACCAUUCCCUUGGCCUCAGAGGCUGCUAUAGAGUCCAGGGGAGAGUUCUGCAGGAGCAGCAGUGUACGAGUGUCCAGCUCUUCCAGUAGCUUAGCCUCCAGCGGCAACCUCUCGGAUGGCGGGCGCAACCGCAGCUCCGUUGCAAAUGACAACACCGCAAUUACACCCGACAAUGCCGCCCGUCAGUCUGAGCACAAGCCACGCCCCUUCAUGGGUGUAAUGGACAAGACUGCUCGCUUCCACCAGCAGCAGCAGCAGCAACAAUUGCAGGGGCACCAUGGCAACCAGGGUCACCACGGCAACCCGAUGCACGGUUACAGCUGGCAGGCUCUUGGGACAGAGGGGCUUGUGGGCCACAACACCUGCCAAGAGCCCUUCCAUAACGGGACACACCCAGGCGAGUUCCACCCGAAAUCUCACACUGCCAGUUCAGGCUACAAGGACAGCAGCCCCAACUUGGCCCUCCAGCAGCACUAUGGUGAGAGCAAGCACAAGCAAGCCAGCCUGGCACGGGAUAACCCCAUCCUCAUCAGUUCCAUCAAGCCUAAACGCUCCUUCAUCGAGUCCAACGUGUAGCUGCCCACGCUGCUCAGCUCACCCACACAAAGCACAACUCAAUUACUGACUGCUAUGUUAAAAUGGAUGAGAUUUCUGUAUCAAUACCAGUUACUGAUCACAAUUCUAGGAGACAUAAAACAAAAGAAGACUGUAAUUAAACUAAUUAGGCUUCGCUUUGGCCUCUACGUCUUAUUUACAGCAUUACCUCUAUGGCAUAGAACCGUAGUUUUAAGACGGACUACAUCCAGGAUCAGCCAAGCUCGUCAUGAGCUGCACUAAUAGAACCUUAACCUGCACAUAAAACGAGAGCAGCAACAAGAUGAAGAUUGUAUUGGCAUAACUGUAAUGAUUACGUUAUACAUUUAAGCAAAGGGUUUACUGUAGAACUCUUCUAUAAGGGCAAAGGAUGUCUAGCAAUGACAUUCGAACACUUUAAAGCCCCAAUCAGGAAGUAAUGACAGUGUUACGACAGCUAAACUGGCAUUGACUAACAGAGAACAUGGUAACUAUACAGAUAAUAAGCUUUAGUGGAGAUGUUGGUGAUUACUGAAGUCCUCCGUUGUUGCAGUAAUAAAAACUGCCAGUUUUUCGAUUCCUGACUGAGGCUUUAAGACCGAUAGUUAGUGUGUACUCAAAUCUUUUGUCUGUGUGAGGGUGUGUGUUUUCUGUGUGUACGUGUGAGUGUGUAUGAGAAAGAGUGUGCUGUACAGUGUAUUUCCUUAUAAUCCUCCCUCUACCUGCUAAUGUAUGAAUUAAUUUAUUUAUGGCGCCUACAGCUUAGUUGAUUGUUUAAAACAUUCUAUUUUAUAUAUGUUAUUUUUGCACAGCUAUAUAUUAUGAUAUAUUAUGAACCUUUUGAGACGGGAAGGUAUGCUUUAUGGAGAACUCUGGUUUACAUGCAUGAGAGGAAUGGUUUAUAAACAAAGCAAUCCAUUUUCAGGUUUUAGAGGGGUAGGUAAGUGUAAGAGAUUAUUUUAUAUGUAUAUUAUUUGCAGCUGGUUCCAUAUAUAAAGAUGUUGCUGAUUGUAUUUCAACAUUGCCAUAUAAUGCAACAAUAAAGCCCCACUUUUAAGGAC